AUGCCAGAGACGGAGAUGACGUUGCAAUUCAGCAACGUUAACCACAAUACGCCCAGUGCUAUUAAUAGAGCAGUGCCGCAGAGAGUCGACAGUAGUAAUAGCAGUAACAGCCCGCACGGUGUCACCGGGAAUCAAAAUGUUGGCGGUCCCAAUGGAGGUGAUAUACAGGAACAGCAUACGUCUGCAGUGCUGGAUAGUCCCAGUAUAUCAGCAGCUGUAGGGAUUGGUGUAGGUCGUGAUUCACCAGGCAUUAACACUAGUGUGAGCAGCAGUAAUAAUCAUCAUACUCCGCCUGGUACGGUCCCCCCCGCCGCGGGGAGUACGGGAGCCCCCCAAGUUUCCAAACACACAGUCCCGCCUGGGUCGUUGUCCCCCGGGAGGAUAAGGACAUCGCAAUCGUUGACGAAUGUAAGGCAGCCAGCGGUGACACCGUCGUUGUCCAUGUCCUCUGCACUCGAUUCCUCGUCAAACCACUUGCGGAUAUUCCAAAGGAUGGACGAGUUGUCAGCAAGGUUGAUCACCAUGGAAGAACAGUUUCUCGCUUUAUCCAAGAAGAUCGAGUCCCAAAACGGGUUACUCCAGGAUUUGAAGGAAAACACCUCCCAAAGCAUCAAGGCACAAAACGAGAUGACCAACACAUCACGUCAAUGGAACCAACAGUCCCAAUUCUUUGCAGAUAUGCUAUACUCAUUUACAAACGUGUCCAACAAAUACUUCAAAAACAUCAACAGCACGGGCAUCUCCAUCCCACAUAAUAAUCACUCGGUAGACACACACACCCAGGGGUACACUCCGAAUGGGUACAAUAACAUGGACACACAGCCAAGCAGUACCGCCACAACGGUGGAAUCGCAUAUAAAUAGCACCACACCGUUCGUACUGGACCCGAACGGGAUCAAACGUAGGAGGAGAGAUUUGCGUGAGGAUUCAGUACAGACAAGUACUUUAGAAUCGUUUAACUUGGGGCUUGUCGAUCCCUUUCUCUUCCCUCACGCUGGACAACCGGAUAGCGGUUCUUUUCCAAGUACCGACACCAAUCCUAAGACCCCAAACGGUAGGCCGCAAAUGCUCAAGACUAAAAUUUCAAGAGUCGCCAGGAACGAUGAGGAUGGAUACCAAGAGGAUGACGACAAUGACGGUGACGAUGACUCGGAUAGGUCAUUGGAUUCCCCGGACAAUAUGACGGCCUUGGACGACGAAGAGGACGAGGCGGAUGACGUGGAGAGUACUUUGGGAUACCCUACAAGAACGAUUCAUGAGCCAAGAAGGAAACCAGCCAAUAUGGGCAAACUACCGAGGUCACAAAUAUCAAGUGACAGCAGGGCGAAGAUACCAAACUGGUCCCUGGAUGUUCAAAGCGAGCUGAAUUACAAAAUAUUGAAGGCGCCAAAUAACGUGAGAACGAUUUGGGAUGAAUACGUGUACGGUAUUAACGGCAACCCGUCCAUCCGCGGGCUAGAGGAAAAAUACGGUAGCCUUUGGCGAAGAACCAAAAACAGGAAGACCUUCGGCAGAAGGAAACGCCUCUACAAAUUCAUACUGAACGGGAUAGACGCGGGGAAGACCGCUGACCAGAUGAUAAAGACUCUUGAGGACAGAAGACUAUACCGGAACGAGAAGGGUGACUUGAAACGAAGAACCAUUGGCUGGUUGCAGCAAUCUCUGACCGGAAUUUAG